AGCUCUGCUACUUCCGGUUCACCAUUUCACGGAAGCCACUAACAGCAUCCUAGAUACAGGGAAGCAGGGAAGCUGUUCGUUUAAAUAGACAUGUUCGUACCUCGUGUUUAGAAGUUCGGUUUACAUCUGAUUUACGGCUAAUUGGCGUUUACGCUCAGUGUAUUUUGUGAAUAAAGCCCCUUUCCAGCUGGAUUACCGCAGUGUGUGUAUAUAUGUGCGUGAGUGAGUAUGAGUGGGUCGGAGGUGUUUCAUGAGAAGCAGAGGUUGGAGCUGUGUGCUAUUCACGCCCUGAACAACGUGCUGCAGGAGAGAGUAUUUACCAAGGAGGCAGCCGACGACAUCUGCAAGCGACUUGCUCCCCAGUGUGUAGUAAACCCGCACCGCUCUGUGCUUGGUACGGGGAACUAUGACGUGAAUGUGAUUAUGGCGGCUCUCCAGAGUCGUGAAUUGGCUGCAGUGUGGUGGGACAAACGUAGGUCAGUGCAUAAUCUGUGUCUGGAGAAGGUGCAGGGUUUUAUUUUGAACGUCCCGUCACGGGUGUCGCUCGGGAUCGUGUCCCUCCCACUGAGACGCAGGCACUGGCUAGCAGUUCGGCAGGUCAACGGGCAAUACUACAACCUGGACUCUAAGCUUAAGAGUCCUGUCUGGAUCGGAGGAGAAACGGAACUUAGAUGUCUCUCUGUUCAUGUCUACGUCUCUAGGCAGUUUCUCGGUGAGCAGUUGUCUCAGGAUGUUGCUGAGAUGCUUCUUGUAGUCCAACGAGAAGUAGAGGAGGACGGAACAUGGCUUAUUUCAGAUGACCGGGAGAACUGAAAUCUCAGGAAGUUCACUCAGACUGUUUAUGCACAAUGCAAAAUGUAUUGGUUUUAUUUUUAAACAGGACAGUCCUGUGCAGCGUUGCACUACCAAAGAGGAAGGAAGCACUCCCAGAUAGUCACACUUACACACCAAGAUGAAUUGAAUAUAAGACACAUUUCUGCUGUAACAGAUUUUUUUUUUAAACAAAGGGUUCAGGCAGGAUUGUUGUACAUGUACAGCUGCAUCAUCUGCCUCUCUUCUUUUUCAUUCUCUUUUCUCUCAGGAUAAGUGUUCGAAUUUAAAAUAUAAUAUCUGAACAGUCUUAUUUGUUCUGCAUCUAUGCACUGCACUGCUGAAGUUGAUGAAAGUGUGUAUCUAACUAUGCACAGAAAUUCUACUACAAAUUCUUUGUAAAUAUAAUUAAAGUUGCUGUUCAUCCAGCUCUGCAUAUUUCAGGGGAACUAUUUCUCCUGACUUGUCUUUAUAUUUGCUUGUGUUUAUUUUUCUCUUAGUUCACAUCUGAGAGGAUUCAAGUGGAAUGAAAAUAUUCACUAAUAAAGUGACUGUUAGUUAAAAAGUAAAAUAUUGUUUCCUCAAUUUGUGACAGCACUUGCAUCAGUGAAAUAUGUAUAUUAUCAAUAUUAAAUUAUCAAUUAUUCUCCUUUAUUUACCUUACAUUAACAUAACUGAACACUGAACAGUGACUUCACUUCGCAUAUAUCAGAUGUUAGGAAUCUGAGGUAAGACCUUAAGGUCAAUCAUGAAACAGUGUCUCUGGAGCAGAGAUGAUUAAGGGCCUUGCUCAAGGGCCCAACAGUGGCAGUGCUGGGGCCUGAACCCUAACUUUCCAGUCAACAAACUAGAGACUUUAAGCCACCACUUCUAUGAAACGAUGUAGGAAUAAUAGCACUUUUUAUAUGUGGUUCUACCAGAAUGUGGCCAUAAAAAUUCACAAAUAGUUUUUUUUAUUCAUGCAUUUUUUUAAGAUUCCUGUAGUUGGCUAUAUAUUUGAAACGCUGUAUAAAUGGACUACUGCUUCUAAAUUGUUGGAAAUCUCCAUUUUACAUACCUCAGAAGCAGGAAGUUGGCAGUCAGAUUUAUCUCCUCAAAAAGUGAUCUGUAUUGUCAGUUUCAUUGAUUUAAAAAUCUGUAUAUUGGUUGACUUAAAGCACAAUUUUAUUGA